CCAUCAGGGGACUAGCUCAGAGAGGCCUGGUGGUCAGGGCGGCAGGAGGGGAGCCGUAUGGGUCGCAGUCAUUGGCAGGAGUCAGGCUGUCCAUCGUGGGGUGAUGAAUAUGGACACAGAGGAGCAAGUGUCUGCAGCCAGCGGCCUGUGUAAGGAGCUGGGGCAGCCAGACUGGGAUGGCCCUUAGAUAGCCUUCCACGCCCAGCUGGGCGGUCAAGGCUUUGUCCUCCCAGCCCAGGAGAGUCACCAGAGGGUGCUUUAGGGAGGUGAUGACUAUGCUCAGAUGGAUCAGGGAUUUUUCCAAGGUGCAGUAAUGACAUUUCUGGUUGGUCCUGCACGUCUGCCUCGCCGGCUGCCUCAUACCGGGCAUAGGGCAGUGAGCCGCCCAACCAAAUGACACGUGUGCCCACGCAGCCCUUCUCAAAGGACACAGUCAUUGUCUAGUCACUGUCCUCUCAAAUACCCUGGCCUUGAAGCUUCUGGUUGGUGGAAGAGGAAGGACAGGAGGGCAGCAGCGUCCCUGAGGGCCUGCGGGUCACGCCGGCCGGUGCCCAGCCAGUUCCCAGAGCAGCCAGGGGCCUGGAGAGGCGGCUGGACUCCACGGCCCGUGCAUGACUCCUGCGGGCGCCUGAGCGAGCGCGGCAGCCGCCGGCGGGGCCAUGGCCAGCACAGCCGUGCAGCUCCUGGGCUUCGUGCUCAGCUUCCUGGGCCUGGUGGGCACGCUCAUCACCACCAUCCUGCCGCACUGGCGCCGGACGGCGCACGUGGGCACCAACAUCCUGACGGCCGUGUCCUACCUGAAGGGGCUGUGGAUGGAGUGCGUGUGGCACAGCACCGGCAUCUACCAGUGCCAGAUCUACCGCUCGCUGCUGGCGCUGCCGCGGGACCUGCAGGCGGCGCGCGCGCUCAUGGUCAUCUCCUGCCUGCUGUCGGGCGUGGCCUGCGCCUGCGCCGUGGUCGGCAUGAAGUGCACGCGCUGCGCCAAGGGCACCCCGGGCAAGUCCACGUUCGCCGUGCUGGGCGGCGCGCUCUUCCUCCUGGCCGGCCUGCUCUGCAUGGUGGCCGUCUCCUGGACCACCCACGACGUGGUGCAGAACUUCUACAACCCGCUGCUGCCCAGCGGCAUGAAGUUCGAGAUCGGGCAGGCCCUGUACCUCGGCUUCAUCUCCUCGUCCCUGUCGCUCAUCGGCGGCACGCUGCUCUGCCUCGCCUGCCAGGACGAGGCGCCCUCCGGGCCCUACCAGCCCCGGGCCGGCCCGGCCACCGCGCCCCCUUACCAGUUACACCUGAUAAUCUGCAUCAUUGAUGAGAUCUAG